UCCUCAAACAUAACUCAAACCCGUAAAAAAAAUCAGCAAGAUAAAUAGCCAACAACAACUGAUAAAAAAUGUAAAAUCAUAAAGAAAAACGUGGAUCAUCUUGCGUCACACACGUCCUUCCGCUAAAAUGCUCGAGUGUUGGUCGUCGUAGCACAUUGCGGUGCCCAAAAAUAGCGGUUGCAUUAGAAUAAUCAAAGAUCACAAUUACUAAGAUCAUUAUAAUGCGAACACAAAUGACGUUUCGCUACUUCAAGCUGUUCGCAGUGCUGGGAGCAGGAGGGAUCCUGGCGUGUUGCCUGAUGAUGUACCUACUGCUAGACCUGACGUUCUCCCCCCGAGGAAAGGCCCAGAAACUAGCGAUCGAGGACAAUCAAUGGGUGCACAUAGAGAGCAGAUUAGCGAAGCUGGAGGAGGACCUGUCGCGCCACCACAAGGCGAUAAGCGCGAUAAAGCAGGCGUCGGAUGUUCAGGGCUCUCCGGAGAGACUCCCGAGCCAUGACGUCCACCACCUGGACCCGUUGAACCCGAUAAAACCCCCGGAGAAGCCCCUCCAGUGCAGCUUCGACCCCCAGAGGGUCCCAGAGGUCGACAUCCAGAUGCUGGAGCUCUACAAGCAAAUGGAGUUUGAUAAUCCAGACGGUGGUGUCUGGAAGCAGGGCUGGGCCCUCAAGUACGACGAGAAGCAGUGGCACAAGACCCGCAAGCUCAACGUCUUCGUGGUCCCCCACUCCCACAACGACCCCGGCUGGCUGGAGACCUUCGAGAAAUACUACUCCCAGAAGACCAACAGAAUCCUCAACAACAUGGUGACUAAACUCUCCGAGGACAAGCGGAGAAAGUUCAUCUGGGCUGAGAUGUCCUUCUUCAAACUCUGGUGGGACGAGCAGCCCAAGGGGACGCAGGAGCAGGUGAAGCGGCUGAUUGUCGAUGGACAACUGGAGAUCGUGGCUGGGGGGUGGGUUAUGCCGGACGAGGCUGUCUCCCACUGGAUGGCACAGCUGGUGCAGCUGACGCAGGGCCACCAGUGGCUCAAAGCCAAUCUCGAUUAUGUGCCCACAACGGGCUGGGCCAUCGAUCCCUUCGGCCUCUCUCCAACCAUGCCGUAUCUCCUGAGGAACGCGGGCCUCGAGAAUCUUCUGAUUCAACGGGUUCACUACUCCGUUAAGAAGAGACUGGCCAAGGAGAGGAGUCUCGAGUUCAAGUGGCGACAGCUGUGGGAUCACGACGGCUCCACCGAAAUUCUCACUCAUAUGAUGCCGUUCUACAGCUACGACGUGCCCCACACCUGCGGGCCCGAUCCCAAGGUCUGCUGUCAGUUUGACUUUUUCAGGCUUCCGAAUUUUGGUCUGAGCUGCCCGUGGAGGGUCCCCCCCAAGGUUGUUACUAAGAAAAAUGUCGCUGAACGGGCGGCUCUGCUGCUUGACCAGUACCGCAAGAAGGCACAGCUCUUCAGGUCCAAUGUCGUUGUCGCACCUCUUGGCGAUGACUUCAGGUACUCCCAGAGUUCCGAAUGGGACGCGCAGUACGGCAACUACCAGAAGAUCUUCGAUUACCUCAACUCGAACGAUCAGUUGAACGUGAAGAUACAAUUCGGCACUCUGACCGAUUACUUCAACGCCCUCAGAGAGGAGCAGAAUGUCGACAAGUUCCCCAGGUUGUCCGGGGACUUCUUCACGUACGCCGACAGGGACGAUCACUACUGGAGUGGCUACUACACCUCUCGGCCCUUCCACAAACGCCUGGACCGAGUUCUCCUGGGGUCCCUGAGGGCAGCCGAGGUCCUCUCCUCGAUCGGAUGGGCGCGAGGUCACGAGCACCUGUCGGAAUCCGGUCUGGAGAGAAGACUGGCUGAGGCCAGACAGUGGCACUCGCUCUUCCAACAUCACGACGGCGUCACUGGUACCGCAAGAGACGAAGUCGUGGUGGACUACGCCCAGAAGAUGAUUUCAGCCCUGAACAGUUCAGCCCACGUUCUCCAGCAGUCGGCGGCACACCUCCUGAGGAGUCCCCAGGGGCCGGCCCUCGACCCAGACUCCCAAUACUUCACUCUCGACGAGAUGAGGACCCACCACACGAGCGUUGGGGACAGAAUAACAGUCUCCCUCGGGGACGACGGCAUCUCCAGGAAAGUUGUCAUAUUGAAUUCCCUCCCGAGACAGAGGACGAGGGUCCAGACGGUCAUUGUGUCGAAUCCCUACGUGAGGGUCACCGAUAGAAUGGGACAGGCUGUCGAGUGCCAACUGUCACCAGUCUGGGUCGGACCUGGAGCCAUCUCCGGGGCUAGGUACGAGCUGUCGUUCCUGGUGACGGUUCCUGGAUUCGGCAUCAAUACUUACCUGAUCCACCCGUUGAAGGACACGUCGUUGCCCCCCGGUGUUCACCUAGCAAACGUGACCCUCUUCAACAACGCGAUCCCCCCGAGACUCGUCCGCGGGUUCGAGCACCUCCAGGUGCAUCCGUCGACGCAGGAGUUCUCGAUAGGCGUGAGACCGGGUCUCUCCGCAGCUUUCGCAAAGACUGGCUUACUAAAAGCCCUGAAAAUCGCUGACACUACGUUCCCAGUGCACCUGGAGUUCGUUAAAUACGGGACAGCGUCCCCAGGGAGGCCUCAGAGUGGAGCCUACCUGUUUCUCCCCGACAAACCGGACCCUGAUCCCGUCUACAUGACGAUGGACAGGACAAUCCACUUGGUCACUGGUCCCAUUUUAUCUCGAGUCUUCGUGGACCUUCCGCACCUGCGGCACACCUGUACUUUAUUCAACUCCCCUGGCAGCGAUGGGCUGGGGCUGCACGUGCUCAACGAAGUUGACAUCUCAGAGACCCAGAACUUCGAGUUGGCGAUGAGACUGGACACUGAUAUAGCGUCGGGAGACGAGUUCUUCACUGAUCUCAACGGUCUCAACAUGAUCAGGAGGCAGAGGUUUCCGAAGCUGCCGACCCAGGCGAAUUACUACCCCCUUCCGGCAGCUGGGUACAUCGAGGACAAGAGGGUGAGGCUGAGUGUCCUGACGGGACAGCCACUGGGCGCUGCCUCCAUGGCCUCUGGACAAUUCGAGAUCAUGCAGGACAGGCGACUGAUGCAGGACGACCAGAGGGGCCUCGAGCAAGGGGUCACCGACAAUCUUCUGACUAAUCACGUCUUCAUGAUCGUGUUGGAGAAGAGGAGGGAGUGCCUGAAGCCACCGGCGCCUGGGCAUCCCGCAGGGGCUCUCUCUCUUGGAGCCCAUCUGGCCGCGGAGGAGCUGCUCCAUCCCAUGACCACCAUCCACCCAAAUCCAGUGUUCAAUGUCGACUUCAAUGGACACUUCGCUGCGCUGAGGUUCGAUCUCCCCGUGGACGUCAACAUCGUCAGCAUGCGGGUGAUCUCCGUGCCUGACGGUGCGGGAAAGGGGGUCGGGAUGGUGAUCCACAGGCAGGCGGUGGAUCUCUGCUGGGGGGAGGAGGACAUUCACGAACGGUUUGGGGCCCUCGACAGUGGGACGAUCGACGUCGGGAGACUGUUGAGCUUCGUCGAGGACUGGACCAUCAGUGAAAUACCACUGACUUUCCACAGUGUCGGACCGACUCUCAAGACGACUAGCGUCAGCCUCUGUCCGCAUCAGAUAUCAUCGAUAUUGUUUCAUAAAACACAGUCUUAGGUCUAGUGGGGGGUUU